AUGAGAAUUAAUCCUACUGGAGAAUACGUAGAGGUGUUCCGAAGCUUUGAUGAGGACGGCGACGGAAAGCUAUCACCGGCAGAGUUACGUUCCUGCAUGCGAAUAAUCGGCGAUGAGAUGGAUUUACACGAAGCAGAAGCUUUGGUUCAGUCUUUCGAUUCGGACGGUGACGGGCUGCUGGCAAUGGAGGAGUUCUUCAGGAUGGUUGAAUUUGAAGGAGGUGUGGAAGAGGAGAAGGAGCUGAGGGAGGCCUUCGCUAUGUAUGAGAUGGAUGGCCAAGGAUGCAUCACUCCUAAGAGCCUGAAGCGCAUGCUGAGCAAGCUGGGCACUUCAAGAGAUCUCAGUACUUGUGAGGUUAUGAUUCAGAGGUUCGACAUUAAUGGCGACGGGGUGCUUUGUUUUGAAGAGUUCAAGAACAUGAUGGCCAUUUGA